ACUGUAGUGGACUACAGUAAGAGAAUUAGACGCAGGAGGAAUUAGGGAGGUUCAGGGUUCAUUCCGCCACUAAAAAGGGAAAAAAAAACAAAAGGGUGGCCAAUAAUUUAGGCACUGGGGAAGGAAAUCUUUGCCAGGGAUAAAGGGUGUAGAGCAGUGGCUGGCAGAGGUCGUCUCCUCCCCUGCCAAGCCCCCCCCCUCCCCCGGUCUUUCUGGGAGGGGUGGAGAAAAGGAUCCUACGAAGCUGCGACCUCGGCGACCGGCGGGGCAUUCCGUGACUCCCAUCUGACAGUUGUUUCCUCUCUCUGGCCGCGUCUGCCCGGUUUUCGGAUCUCGGUGACACGGCUUGCUAGAAGUUGGCGGAUCUUCGGGGCGGAUCUUUCGGGAACAGACUGCUCCGCUCCGCUUCGCAGUUUUAUUAAGUUGAGACCAGGAUGGGCAAAUUUGCCUCCCCUGCGCUUCUGGUCUUUAGCCUGCUUCUGGUCGCCGCCGGAGUCUGCGGUAACAAUAUCUGUACCACAAGAGGAGCAAAUUCAUGUCAACAGUGCCUGACUGUAAAUCCACGUUGUGGUUGGUGCUCCCAGGUGAAUAUGUCAAAAGCUUUCUCUCGCUGUGACUUAAUAGAAAAUCUUCUUCAGAGUAGCUGCACAAAAGAUGAUAUAGAGUAUCCAGUCAGCAAUACCUUCAUACUGGAGGCCAGACCUCUCAGUGCCAAAGGAUCAGGGAGUGACAUCACCCAAAUGACUCCACAGAAGAUUGAACUCCACCUGCGUCCAGAUGACUCCCAAACUUUCUCAGUACAAGUGCGUCAGGUGGAUGAUUAUCCCGUGGACAUCUACUAUCUAAUGGAUUUGUCUAACUCCAUGAAGGAUGACCUCCGUAAUAUCCAGAACUUAGGUACCAAUCUUGCCAUGGAAAUGCGCAAAGUGACCAGCAACCUGAGGAUUGGCUUUGGAGCUUUUGUGGACAAACCUCUGUCCCCUUACAUGUACAUUUCUCCUCCAGAGGCCAUUGAAAACCCAUGCUAUGACUUGAAACCACCAGAUGAUCACUGCCUACCAAUGUUUGGCUACAAGCAUGUCCUAGCUCUCACAGAUGAAGUCAAGCGUUUCAAUGAGGAGGUGAAGAAACAAAGUGUAUCUAAGAAUCGAGAUGCACCUGAAGGAGGAUUUGAUGCCAUUAUCCAAGCAGUUGUCUGUGAUGACAAAAUUGGCUGGAGACCUGAUGCUUCCCACUUGUUGGUCUUCACUACAGAUGCCAAGACACACAUUGCUUUAGAUGGGAGACUGGCUGGAAUUGUAAUACCCAAUGACGGGAAGUGCCACUUGAACAGCAAUAACUAUUAUGAAGCUUCCACCACACUGGAUUACCCAUCCCUUGGUCUGUUGACAGAUAAACUCUCACAGAAAAACAUUAACUUGAUUUUUGCAGUGACUCAGAACAUAGUUGGUCUUUAUCAGAACUACAGCGAGCUGAUCCCAGGCACUACUGUAGGGACCUUGUCAAGGGACUCAAGCAAUGUUUUACAGCUCAUUUUGGAUUCCUAUGGGAAAAUCCGUUCCAAGGUUGAACUAGAAGUCCGUAAUCUCCCAGAGGAAUUGUCCCUUUCAUUUAAUGCCACCUGCCUUGAUAAUGAAGUCAUUCCUGGAGUUAAGUCUUGUGUUGGACUCAAGAUCGGCGAUACGGUGAGCUUCAGCAUUGAAGCGAAGGUCCGCGGUUGUCCAAAGGACCGGCAGACCUCUUUCACCAUUAAGCCAGUGGGCUUUGAAGACAGCCUGACAGUUCUGUUGAACUUUAACUGUGACUGUGCUUGCCAGAAGUUCGCUGAACCUUAUAGCAAGAUCUGUAACAAUGGGAAUGGCACCUUUGAAUGUGGGAUGUGCCGUUGCCACCCAGGCCGGCUAGGUUCCCUCUGCGAGUGCUCUGAGGAAGAAUAUGGCCCAUCCCAGCAGGACAAUUGCAGUCCCAGUCAGGGGCAACCACUUUGCAACCAGCGGGGAGAAUGCAUCUGUGGCCAAUGUGUUUGCUACAGCAGUGACUUUGGCAGGAUAUCAGGCAAAUACUGUGAAUGUGAUGACUUCUCCUGUGUUCGCUUCAAAGGGGAACUAUGCUCAGGACAUGGGAAAUGCAUCUGUGGAGACUGUGCCUGCAACCCUGACUGGACUGGAACAUAUUGCAACUGUACAACUCGGACAGACACGUGCAUGUCCAGCAAUGGGCUGAUGUGCAGUGGAAAAGGCCGUGGAUAUUGCGCCUGUGGAAAAUGUGUCUGUACUCAGCCUGGCUCUUACGGAGAUACCUGUGAGACGUGCCCAACCUGUCCUGAUGCCUGCACCAUCAAAAAGGAAUGUGUGGAAUGCAAGAAGUUUGAGAGAGGAAUCCUGAUAGACCAAGACACCUGCAACCGCAAUUGCCGGGAUGAGAUUGAGUUGGUGCAGGAACUUGGAGACAAGGGGAAAGAUGCUGUGAAUUGUACAUACAAGGAUGAGAAUGACUGUGUAGUGUACUUCCAAUAUUAUGAGGACUCCAGUGGCAAAUCUAUCCUCUAUGUUAUUGAGGAACCAGAUUGUCCCAAAGGACCUGAUGUCUUGGUAGUUCUCCUUUCCGUAACUGGAGCCAUCUUACUUAUUGGCUUGGCUGCUUUGCUCAUCUGGAAACUGCUUAUUACCAUCCAUGACAGACGAGAAUUUGCCAAAUUUGAAGAAGAGCGUGCCAGGGCUAGAUGGGACACGGCCAACAAUCCCCUGUACAAAGGAGCUACUUCCACCUUUACCAACAUUACAUACCGUGGGAAUUCGUGAGAUUAUGGUCUUCCAAGGUCUUAUCCACUCAUGUUUACAGAACUGUCUCUGUUAUGGGUGUGAGAGGUUUUUUUAAAAAAAACAAACAAAAGAAAACAGCCAUUGCUCAAGAGCCUUCACUGUUCUGCUGUCACAAGAAAGUAUCUGCACUGUGAUUCUUUCAAGACUUUCUUUUUUACCUCAGCUUGCCCAAGGCUACGGCCUGGACUUGUAUACUGAAGAAGAAAGCAGGACUUGCUCUUCAGUAUGAACAGCACUGCAUAAAUCCAGAGUUAAGAGAAGAUUCUAUCUGAACAAAAUCAGGGGUCAUGAUUAUUGAGCUUUAUAAUCUAACUCAGAUGUGAAUUAGUGAAAUUUGGGGUAGAGGAGCUUCAUGAUAUCUAAGUCCAUUGCAAGCUGAACCCAAAGUCCCUCAUCUAGGCAAAGUUUCCAGGGGUUCAACUGGUUGCUCAUGCUGUUGCUACUGCCCUUUUCUUUUACCUUUCCAAACAUACAAGACACUGGUUGGGUUGGCCAAGAGAAUAGUGUGCUGAAAGUCCUUCAUUACACUUUGCACACUGCUGUCUAACAUAGAACAUUCAAGGAAGCAAGGUUUCUUUCAAAAAUCCUUGCUCCUAAUAAACAUAGCUUAGCGGAAGGGAGUACAGCAGGGGUGUCAAACUGGAUUUCUUCGAGGGCCGGAUCAGCAUUGUAGUUCUCCUCCAUGGGCUGGCAGGGGAAUGGGGGAGACAGGACAGACCCCUCCUGCAGCACCCUGCCAGCCAAAACAGGGUGCGGGGGGCAAAGGACCAGCCCGCAGUGC